CCGUUUGCGGUGCCGGCGCCGGCUUGCGGGUGGCUGGACGGGUGAGGUGACGAGGACGAGGACGAUGAGGUUCCCGCCUUGUUUGCAGUCGAUGUUCUUCAGACACGCAUCAAGGCUUCCCUCGCUUAGCACGAGUGUCCCGCUCAGGUUCCAAGACAAGGCAAGCAUUACGCACCUCUGAUCACAGCACUCGGCAUCGCCUUUGACAGGUGCGACAGCCAUACUUAUCACCGAGGGUAGAAUCAAACCUCCUCCUCCCCGCACUUUCUAUCAUCACAUCUCCUCCUACUCCAUCUCUCCCUACCUCAACACACACACACACAUACAAUAAUCAUGGAGAAGUCCCCCCUUCCCACCACUGACGCCCCCGGUCUCCCCGACGGACUCGUCGUCGGCAAGGCCAACCAGGAGCGUCGCCUGCGUCUGCGCCGCGGUUUCCAGGUCCUCUUCCUCCUGAUCAGCUGCUUCGCCGUAGCCAGCAUCGGACUCAACACCAUCAAGGACAUUGCCCGUCCUCACCACCGUCCCCACUUUGGAGGCGAGGGAGAGGGACGAGGAGCCCACCCCUGGUUCGGCGGCGAGGACGAGCACAAGGGCCAUGGACCACCCCACCCCAAGCCCAUUGCUUGCUACCCCCUCGCACCUGGAGAGUCGGUCAAUGUGACUCUCAACCUGCGCCCUGGUGGUCCCCCUCCCUUCCACUCCCACGGAAAGGACCACCACCAUCACCACCACCGACAGGAGGACAAGUCUAUCUUCUCUCUCUUUGGCAAGAAGGAUGACUCGAAGCACCCCAAGCACCCUAAGCAUCACAAGGGUCCCAAGGGACCUGCACCCCCUCACAUCUACCUCCACCCUUCCCUCUUCAGCUCAGACGUAGCCCUGCUCCGUGAAGGCGAGGCUGACAAGAACAAGCUAGGCAAGGCCCCCGGUGGACCCGAGGGCAUCGAAGUCUAUGCCAUCUUCUCCCGCGAAGAGGCCACCGAGACCAUCACCGCCGAGGAUGGCGAGACCGACAGCAAGAAGGCCGACAUCUGUGUGCACCGCGCUCCCAAUGGAGUCUCCAUCGGAGCCUUCCGACCUCCUCCUCCCCACCACGGCAAGAAUGGGACAGACUCGCACCCUCCCCCUCCUCCUCCUCCACCCCACAAAGGAGAGAAGGGAGACCGACCAUUCCCCCCUCAUCCCAAGGAUCAGUAUGCCGACAUCUCGGCCAAGAUCCAUGUACCUGCUGGAUUGGGACUGCACCUUGAUUCGCUGCCCCCUCCUCCUCCUCCUUUCCCUCGUCACUAAGCGGAGCUAAGUGUUUGGCCCGGCCCUUUUCUCAAGUCUGCACUACAUCCAUACCUACUUGUUCAUAUCGCCGUUAAACCCAAUACCGAAGUCGCCAAUACAGAGAUCUUUACUAUUAUC